CGAUAGUCUCCUAAUAAUCGAUAAUACCCCAAUAAUCUGAAAAUACCCACAAAUAACACCCAAGACAAUAAUAAACCAGCAAAUGAGUCCAAACCCACCAAAAUAGCUAAAAACCGGGUUUCUAACAAUCCAUCCCCCUUAAGACCAAUCUUGCCCUCAAGAUUGACCUUCGCUCUUCUCGGCGUCCUUCUCUUCCUGGGUACUUCUAGCCGUCAGCUCCUCUGAUUCAUCCUCCCAGUUCCCCACUAGCAACUUCAGACGCCCCUUAGCACACUGGUGACCCACUGUGUACCUCCCAUCGUAGUUGAAACAACGCCCCUCCCUGUGUUUUUGCUCCAUCUCUACUGGCGUCAGCUUCACGAAUCCCUUGGGCGGCAAGCGAGCUGGGAUUCAACCUCCAAGUGGGAAUCAUGUGUUCACCGGGUUUUUCGUUCCCGAUGUUGGCGCAGUCACAGCUCCGGAACUCGUGCCUCUACUCGUUCCUCUGCCUGAUCCUCCCGUCAUUCGCGUCACGCGCCAGAGGUCUCCCUUCUAGAUGGCUAUCUCCUCCUCCUUAUGACCUGCAAGCCUGAAACCAACUCGCAAAGAGUCGGGUUCAAAAACCAUGAUCGUUGCUGCCAGCUCCGGUCACAGCCCUGCCAUGCACAAUCCCACUAACGCCGCUUCCCCCAUUUCCUUGCACUGGUUACCCAACUUCAGGAACUCCAACUGAUACUUCGAACCGUGCCUGUCUGCUUUAGCUUAGCCAACUGCUCUGGUACCCACCCUUUGACCUUGCCGAACUGGUACCUGAGCUCCUCCUAAAAACCUGGCCCAUGUGAUCAUAGUCCCUACUGGAGCAUAAGACCGCUCCAUCCAUUCCCAACACUGUAGUGCAUCCUCUUCUAGAUAAAAGGAUGCCAAGUGGCCUUGCACUCCUCCCGUGUUGAGUGGUUUCGAAACCACCUCUCAGCCGCAUACAUCCAUAAUCCCACGUCUCCAUGACCAUCAAACUUAGGAAACUCAAUCACAGGCGGUUUAACUCGAAAGACCAAAUCAUCAUUACUUUCAUACAGGGGGUUAUUGAUGACUCGGUAUUUGCACAUGUUUUCCCCCUUUGUUUCUUGAUUGUCUGAGCUUGAAUUAUCGUGUCUUUGGCCUAUUUUACGCUAGGUUGUGUUCCUUUGUCACAUUUCAGGUCCUAGCACAUAAAGUGAAGCAUAGGUGCAAGUUUCAAGUCAAUCAGAGAUCAAUUGACGAUUCGGGAGAAGAAACUCGGGUAUGACCUGAAGAAGAAUGGAUUUCUACCUCACUUUAUGGACAAAGAAUCAUGCAAGCUUGUCAUGAAAAGAAAGAGGACGAGACUACAAGCGUCUGGGAUCAAACGGCGACUGAUUCGGAGUCCGGACGAGGGAGAAACGAAGCAUUAAACAGAGGCUGAGCAAGCCACACGGGCACAACCCACACGGCCGUGUGACCUGGCCAUGUGGCCGUGUGGAAAUCACCGAGCCUUCACACGGGCAGCUGGGAAAGCCACACGGCCGUGUGGCCUGGCCGUGUGAGUCGGGAAUUGCUAUUUAAAACCCGAUUUUCAGCAAAAGGAGAGGGAGAGAGCUGGGUUUUGGAUCCCAAACACCCAAGGGACGAACCCUAGAGAGAGAGAGCGACUUGGGAACGUUCUUGGAGCUAUUUUGGAGGAUUUCUUCGCCAUUGAAGCUCGGGAAUCAAGCUUGGAGAUGGAGAUUGAAGAUCUAGAUCAGAUUUCUGCAGUCUCUCUCUUCUCUGUGGAGUAACUUCCUUUCACUUAGGUUUUGAGGAACCCUAGUUCCAUGAGUUAGGAUCUUUCUUGUAUGAAGUUUUGGAUGCUUUAUUGUUUGAUUAUAAUCGAAUGAUGCAUGUUUAUUGAGUCAAUUGAAGUCUGAUCAACUUUUCCUGAUUCCUGCUGCAAUCUGAGAUAGAUAGAAUCUGAUUAGGUUGCUAGAGUCUCAUCAUUCGGUAGUAGGAGAUUGGCUAUACGAGAGUUAGCCAGUUUACUGCUUUGUACUGGAAUCCAAUUCCAGUAGUGGAGUUCUGUGCUUAUUGCUUCAGCUUUCUAUCCCGGUAAAGACUAGUCGUCUGCCGGAUAGUUCGACUGAGAGGGUUUGGUCAGCUUAAGAGAUUCCAAGCUACUGUCGGAUCUUCCGCAGUUUAAUCAACAGUAAAACAACCAAAAGGAAUUACAACUUGGACCUAAUUGAGGAGUUAGGGGGAAUCAUACCUAAGUGAGUUCCCAAACUGUAAUUAGUAGUUUUACUUAGUUUAGUUAGUAUAGUAGUUUGGUUAAUCAAUCCUUAAUCUAGUUUGCUAGAUAAUGAACUGAAGCUGAGUAAUAGUAACUCUAGAGACCCGUGGAUUCGAUAUUUAUUACUUGUGCCACUAUACUGCAGUCUCUUUCAUUGGUUACACUUGGCCAUUGUUAGGUGUUGUGUUUUAGCGUGUCAAGUUUUUGGCGCCGUUGCCGGGGACUUUCUAGAUUAUUAGGAAAGGCAGAAGUUUGUUACUUUAGCGUUUUUCUUUUCUUUUCCACCCUUGCUUUUCACUUGUGUGUUUUUGUUUUUGUUGGUGCAGAUCUGAAUCAUGGAUCCUCAUGGCUUCUCCAACCAUUGGGGGUAUCCACCACCAUCCGAGUGGUAUUACCCCGAGACUCCCUGGAGCAAUCAAGGAGGAGAAGACUAUGGAUUCGGGUUCCAGUACCAACCCCCUUUCUACGGAGAACAACCAGACCCCUGGGCAUAUCAAGAACAAUCUCCUUAUCAAGAAGAAUUCCUCCCACAACAAGAAGGGCCAUCAGAUCUUGAGUUACCCAUGGCGGCCUUCACUGGCCACUCUGCAGAGCCAUGCUACACUUCACUGGAAGAUCCGAACAAACAAUUAAGGCUUCUCGUGGAGCAGUUUGCUCGAGACACUGAGAGAGCCUGCUCCAAGAUGGAUCUUCAAAUCAAAGCCCUUGCUGCUUCCGAUCCCUCAUUUCUCCAUGAUAUGGAGGAGACUGUUCAGCGCUCAGCGAAGCAAACAGAGUGGGUGGAGCAAGUUUGCUCACAUCUUGCUCAAGAUCACCUUUCUGCUACCACGCUAGAAGAGGUGGAGGAUGACAAAGGCUAUGGGGAUGUUGAGGAGCAUACAGAAGUUAUCACAGAGAACUCCCAUGAUAAUCAUGAUCAGGAAAGUCCUCUGGUUGCAUAUCACACAAUUCCUUAUUUCUGCUCUAACAUGCUGGGCCCGAGCGAGGGGAUGCAAGAUGAUCUCAUUGAAGAAAUUGCUUGGCGACUUGCUCUCCAAUCUGUUCUAGAAGAAGAAGAGCGAGCAAGGAUGAGGAAGGAAGUUGUGGAGGAUGAGGAAGAAAAAAAAGAAGAGGUGGUUCUUGAUCUUUUCCCAGGGGUGAUACCACAUGAAGAAGAAAGGGGGGUUGAAGAAGCAAUUGGCGUCCAGGCUGAGGACGGAGUUAAGGUGGAAGAGGCCUGCACCGGCCAUGAGUUGCAAGUAAUAUCCCCACCAAACUUUGAGGAACUGCUUAGCAAGGACCCAUUUGCAGUGUCUCUUUGCCAGACCAAGGCCACAUCAAUAUCGGUCCCUCUUGGUGGACGCGAUGGUGGCCAAUCGAUGAUGUCAUAUUUGGGUUGGGGCAAUGAGACGAGAGAAGAGAAGAAGAGGUCUCGAGGGUGGAGACUUCAUCUGCAUCAAGUACACGAGCCUUCAUCACCUGCCACACCACAUGCUCGUGACUUGAGACUCCACCUCAUCGACGAGAACCUCAACUUCAAGGAGGUUCUAGCAUGGACCGAAACUUAGGAGCCAUCUUUCGGCUCACGACGUGAAAGAAGCGCUUGUUGGGAGGCAACCCAACCAGUCGGUUUGCAUUUCUUUCUCUAUUUCUCCUCGGUUGAGUCAGUUUUGCUAUUUGAUUUUAGAGUCAAUAACUCAACCUUUGUGAGAUUUUGUGUGGUGUUUGUGUUCUGAUUACUCUCUCUUCCUGGAAUGCACCGCCUGACCCGUUCAUCAUCAUUCACCCUUGAUCUGGUAACUUCGUUCUACCCUCCUUAUCUUUCCUCCAUUGAGGACAAUGUCGUGCUUAAGUGUGGGGGGAUGUUCGAUUAUGUAUGCGGGUAAAUGUUUGGCUGUUUGUGUGCUUGGAGCCUAGUCCACUGUCCAAAUUUUUAAAUUUGAGGGCUCCAGGUACGUGUUCCUUGCAAUUGCCUGCUCAGUAUGCUUUGAAUUGACAGUCUUUAUAGUAAUAUGCAACCUAGGGAGGUAGUGUAGCACUAUGGAGGAUGUUGAUGCAUUUAAGAAAUCUCAUUAGUUCUU